CACCGAAGGCACCAAUUUCGCAACCGUCAGCGAAUAUUUUGCUCUCGCUGUGGACGCGACGUAAUCAUGUCGCGAGACUGCAAUUGUCCUACACAAGCGAAAGUGCGAGUUACUCCGUCCAAACCCAGUACAAUAGCACUCAAGGCAACGAUUCCGUACCCAGAAGGGAAACAAGAUGGCCGUUAUUUUUUGCCCAUUACUAUCGCAGGCAUGCAGAUAGAAGCUCUGGUGGACACCGGAACUUCGCUCACAUAUAUCGGUAAAGAACUUCAACGUCAUCUACAUAAACACCAAAUUAAAGCCACACGCCAGACCCGUCGCAUUCAGCUAGCUAACCAGACAUAUGCAUAAACCUAGAACGAAAAUGUAUCCUGUUACUAUAGAGCUGGGUCACAAGUCUACGCACCUACUUGUAUCAGCUCUACCGACGCUUUCGGAACAUGUCAUCUUAGGAGUGAAUUUCUUAAGGAAGCGAGGCCUAACUAUCACCAUCGAUGGGCAACCCCUAACCGCUGCACGCCUAAGCACACUGGCACCUACCGAUCACCUUACUAUGCUAACCGAAAGGCAACAUCUUACAGAAAAGGAGAAUCACAAAUUGAAUACUCUCCUCACUGAAAACGCGCAGUAUUCUCGACGAUCACCGACCCCAGCACAGCCAUCGAACACAUAAUUCGCCUUAAACGCGACCGUCCACUAAAGCAGAGAUAUUAUCCACGCAACCCAGCGAUGCAAGAAGUAAUCACCGACCAUCAUUCACUUAAAUGGCUUCACACCCUGCAGAACCCAUCCGGAAGACUUGCAACGUGGGCACUAGAGCAACAGCAGUUUGACUUCGAAAUAGAGUAUCGCAAAGGUACCCUCAACGUAGUCACCGAUGCGCUAUCCAGAUGCCCACUGAAAGACCAAGAAGGCGAUGCGAAGCUUUUGCGUGCCGUCCAUGAUCAACUGGAUAGAUGGUAUGAAAGACGUACGCGUCAGGUACACGAUCAACUGAAGAAAUAUCCCGCUUACCAACUUAUCGAUGACGUCGCCCCGCGCAAUAAGCUAUCCUGGACUCCAUGCUGGAAACUAUGCGUACCAGAGCCCCGUCGACUCGAAGUCCUGAGAGAAAAUCACGACGCUAGUACCGGCGGUCACAUGGGUGUACACAAAACACUCAAACGCACACAAGAAGGUCAUUAUUGGCCUGGGAUGCAUAGGGAUGCACUCAGAUACAUAUGUUCGUCGAUGCCAACAAUGUGCCGAAUAUAAGGUAGACCAGCGCCGACCUGCCGGGAUGAUUGUCACCAUGCAAUGCUCGCGACCGUGGGAAGUUGUAACGGCAGACUUUGUAGGUCCACUACCACGUUCAACAAAUGGCAACAUAUGCUUGUUAGUGCUCACGGAUAAGUUCUCCAAGUGGGUGGAGCUCAUGCCAGUCCGGAAUGCAACCGGCUAUACUAGAAAUAUCCUACACUUACUAAACUUCACCUCACUGCAUUGACCAAAGCUACGCACACAAUUUACCUCACUACGCUGACCAAAGCUGCACUAUGCUUUUAUAUAAGCAAGCACUUCACACCAAAUGCGAUCAUUUCUUCCAACUCGCCAGCCAGGACGGUCACACAGCAGCAAGCAGCAAUAGGCAGUGGGGAUCGAGAAUAUACUGCACUGUACCGUACAGUCAACGCCGUGUCUGGGAGUGACUACUCCUCACCAGAAGAUAGAAGGAACACCACUUUACCGCAAUUACCGUGCCGACUUCAACAAGAACCAACGCCUGGCACACCAAAUCCAAUCGAUUCCACCUGGCUCGCCAUAUAAAUAUAAGCUGGUCUGGCUGUCCACAUAAGGGGUGUGGAUACAUCUACUACAAAAAGUAAAUAUUUUUGCUAAGGGUUCGGUUCCACUACCACGUUCAACAAAUGGCAACACAUGCUUGUUAGUGCUCACGGAUAAGUUUUCCAAGUGGGUGGAGCUCAUACCAGUCCGGAAUGCAACCACCGCCAGUGUUAUAAAGGCGCUACGAGAGCGCGUGAUAUACCGGUUUGGUUGCCCUGACAUAUUCCUUACCGACAACGGGAAGUAAUUCACCGGCAAGCCGCUUACACAUUUCCUGGAGAGCCACGGAAUCAAACAUUGUUUCACCGCCAUUUACGCUCCACACGAGAACCCAAACGAUCGCACAAACAGAAUCGUGAAAACUAUGAUUGCACAACGAGCAAAGGCCGAUCAUCGAAGCUGGGACCACCAACUAGCCGAAAUAGCUUCCGCAAUAAAUACAUCACAACACGACUCGACAAAAACAUCAGCAGCUGAAAUAAACUUCGGGUACACACCAGCUACACCGAAACAAAUCCGUAAAGAAGGGAAUGUGCCUGACGAAGAAGCCACCACCGUGCUGACACUCACCGAGCUUUGGCAAGAAAUUUCUCGCAACUUGUCUACUGCAGCAAAACGCCAGAAGAAAUGCUACGAUUUGCGCAGACGACCAUGGAAGCCGCUUAUCGGCGAGAAAGUACUCAAAAGAGAUCAUCCGCUCUCUUCCGCAGUAAACAGCUUUGCACAGAAGCUUGCUCCGAAAUAUUCUGGCCCAUAUAUCGUCAGAAAAUUCAAGUCGACUAACACAGUCGAACUCGUGAAUCCUAGCGCACCAGGCGGGCGUACCAUCCAUGUGCCUCUGCAAGAUCUAAAGCAGUUGCCAACCGAAUACUAAACUCAAGUAACUGCUGGCGCGCUCUCUUCCGAGCUUACGGACUCCAGCUCCGAGCCACUUAUUACUAAUGUAACGCAACAGUAGACGUUGCCAACACUAAUCGAAACGUCCGUUUGCUCAUCUCUUUCCAGAUAAACGAAAUGAAACACGUAGUCAGCGGAAUGCCAUACGC